AUGACACUGAACGAUGAGAAUGGGGCCAGCGGCAAUAAUGUUGUUGUCACGGCAGCAAGUGGAACGGGACUGUCAUCAGCGGCGGGAACCGGAUCAGAUCGACCGGGCACCACGGUUGGGGUGUCCGGGGCAGCAGCACAAGGAGGCGGCAUCACAACCGGCACUGGCACAAAUGGGGGCAACGGAGCGAACAACAACAAUAAUAUCAACAACAAUAGCAGCAACACCGGCAACAGUGGCAAUGGGAACAGUGGCGGUAUCACGCUGGCGGCCACCGUACCGAAUGGUGGUAGCAAUGCGAUUGGCAAUACAAUUAAUAAUAACAACCUAAAUUCUAAUAUCACCCCAGCGGCUGCGACGGCAACGGCACUAAGCAACAGCGGCAUUAGUAUUAACAACGGCAACGGACAGAAUGGCAAGCAGCCACCGUCGCUGGGACCACCGCAGCCGGGGAGUUUGGAGAAACGGUCGACUAGCAGCAGUGGUAGUGGCGGUGCGGGUGCAAACAGUACCACCAGCGCCAACAGUAGCGGCCGUUACAUCAUACCGAAGUUCUACGAGAUCGAAACGUUGCCUCCGCUGAAGGAUGCCGACCCUUCCGAGCGGGAGGAACUGUUCAUCCAGAAGUUGCAUCAGUGUUGCGUGCUGUUCGAUUUCUCCGAACCACUGAACGAUCUGAAAUACAAGGAGAUCAAGCGUUGCGCACUGCAGGAAAUUGUCGAACAUCUGAAUAACCAGAGUAACGUAAUCACGGAAGCGAUCUAUCCGGAAGCGUUCCAUAUGGUGGCGAUUAAUCUGUUCCGCACGCUGCCACCUUCGUCCAACCCGAACGGGGCUGAGUUCGAUCCGGAAGAGGACGAACCAACGCUCGAGGUAUCGUGGCCACAUCUCCAAUUCGUGUACGAGCUGUUUCUGCGAUUUCUUGAAUCGCCUGACUUCCAGCCGAACGUGGCCAAGCGGUAUAUCGAUCACGGCUUCAUCCUGAACCUGCUCGAGCUGUUCGAUUCGGAGGAUCCGCGCGAGCGGGACUUCCUCAAGACGGUGCUGCAUCGGGUGUACGGCAAGUUUCUCGGGCUGCGUGCCUUCAUCCGCAAGCAGAUCAACAACAUCUUCUACAAGUUCAUCUACGAGACGGAGCACCACAACGGAAUAGCCGAGCUGCUCGAGAUUCUGGGCAGUAUUAUCAACGGGUUUGCCUUACCGUUGAAGGAGGAACACAAGCAGUUCCUGCUGAAGGUACUGCUACCGCUGCACAAGGUGAAAAGUCUUUCCGUGUACCAUCCGCAGCUGGCGUACUGUGUGGUGCAGUUUCUCGAGAAGGAUGCCAGCCUGACGCAGCCCGUCAUUAAGUGUUUGCUAAAGUUUUGGCCCAAAACGCACAGCCCGAAGGAGGUGAUGUUUUUGAACGAGUUCGAGGAAAUACUGGACGUGAUCGAGCCGGCCGAGUUCCAGAAGGUGAUGGAACCGCUGUUCCGCCAGAUCGCAAAGUGUGUCUCCAGCCCACACUUUCAGGUGGCGGAACGGGCCCUUUACUACUGGAACAAUGACUACAUCAUGUCGCUGAUAUCGGAAAAUUCCAAAGUCAUCAUGCCGAUCAUGUUUCCGGCCCUGUACAGCAACAGCAAAUCGCAUUGGAACAAAACGAUCCACGGGCUGAUCUACAACGCGAUCAAGCUGUUCAUGGAGAUGAACCAGCUGCUGUUCGACGAGUGUCACCGGAAGUACCAGGCGGAGCAGGAGAUGGAACAUGAGAAGCUGGCGCAGCGUGAAACGCUCUGGCAGCAGAUGGAGGAUCUGGCCUUCCGCAACAGUAAGUUAACGCUGAACGAUGAACCGAGCAGUAUGGGUGGUUCGGGCGAACCGGGCAACCCGAGCCGACCGACUAGCAGUAACUUUAGCCACCAGCAGCAACACCGUCAGAUGAACGGGAUGGCAGACGGUAGGACGACAACGUCCUCAGGUGGCACGGCACCAUCGUCCACCGUGUACGAUCGACGUUCGAUGCAGCACAGUAGCACAUAA